CAGCUGCGUAUCUGCAGCAUUGCUGCAGGGCAACCUCAUAGAAUCUCAGACUCAGGACAAGCUGUCCAUGCUGCCUUUUGGCCACAGCAGCUGCUUUGGAGGGAAAGAGCCCCACACUCCAUUCCUACCCCCCACCAGCUGCCUCCUGCUGUUUUCCCCCCUCAGCUGCAUCACGAAGCCUCCAUCAUCAACCUCCUGGAGACGGUUUUUUUUCACAAGGAGAUCUGUGAGUCGGCAGAGGACAGCAUUCUGGAUUUAAUCGAUUACUGCCAUCGAAAACUGACCCUGCUCGCAGCUCGAAGUGCCAGCGGACAGGCAGUGACCCAGCAGGAGCUCCGUCCCGAGGAGCUGCCCAGUCCUUCGUCCAUGCAGGAGCUGCAGAAGCAGGCGGAGAUGAUGGAGUUUGAGAUUUCCCUAAAAGCGCUGUCCGUUCUGCGGUUCAUCACUGACCAGGUGGGCAGUUUGCCCCUGAGCGCGCUGACACGGAUGCUGAACACCCACAACCUGCCCUGCCUCCUCGUCGAGCUGGUGGAGCACUGCCCGUGGAGCUGCCGUGAAGCAGGCAAGUUCAAGAAGUUUGAGAACGGCACAUGGCACGUGGUGCCCCCUGAAGACCAGAUGAAGAUGACUAAGCUUGAUGGGCAGGUGUGGCUCGCCCUCCUUAACCUCCUGCUCAGCCCGGAAUGCCAGCACAAAUACCACUUUGAUGGCUUCAACAAGAGCCAGCUCCUUAAGCUCCGUGCAUUCCUGACAGACGUCCUCCUGGACCAGCUGCCCAACCUGGUGGAGAUGCAGAGAUUUCUGAGCCACCUGGCAGUGACAGAGCCAGCUCCUCCAAAGAAGGAUCUUGUUCUGGAGCAGGUGCCUGUCAUCUGGGACCACAUCCUCAAGAAGAACACGGGCAAGUGGGAGGCCAUCGCCAAGCACCAGGUGAAGCACGCCUUCAGCCCCACCGAGGAAGAGCUGAAGCUGCAGGCACGCAGGUGGGCGCAGACGUACAGCCUGGACGUGCUGGAGGCCCUCGCCCCCGACAAACCCCGGUGCCGGGUGUGCGGUGUGGAGGCGGCCAAGCGGUGCUCUCGCUGCAGGAAUGAGUGGUACUGCACACGGGCAUGCCAGGUCCAGCACUGGCAGAAGCACCGCACCGCCUGCGACCUGCUGGCCCGGGCGUCAGGCAGUGCAGGUACUCUGUGAGCAGGGCAAGGUCUGACCUGCAGCACAGCAAGGCCCGGUUCUCCUUGGAGAAAAGCCCUGUAGCAGCAUGCAGGCAGGCUCACAGCCCUUCUCCCUGGUAGCCUCAUGGGGCUCAGCCUCCCUGUCACCACCCCCCCUCCUACUGCACCCUGCAGGAGCUCGGCUCCCCCUCUUGUCUCCUCUUUGAAGACAAUAAACCACUUCCUUCCCUCCCUCACA